AUGACCACUUCAGCUAGUUGCAUCACGAAUCUGGCAGAUGCCAACAUUGCAAUGGUUGCAGGAGCCACACUUGAACUCUGUCCCGGCACGUACGCAGUGGGUUCUCCCCUUGAUGACACACUCACAACCUUUGCCGGAGGAAUCCCCUUGAUUAUUGAUGCUGACGAUGUCACUGUUAAGUGUGGAAUCAGCGGAGCAUCAGCCAACGGGUGCAUUCUAGAAGGUGGCUUUGCACAGAUAUGGAUAGGAAAUCCUAAGACUCCUUCUGCAACUGUCAACAAUCUGAAUAUCUCUGGAAUUACCUUUACGGGUGUCUUGGAAAGUGGUUUCGACGGGGAGCUGUCACCAAGAAAUAUUUAUGGCACUGGCCAAUCGAAUCUUGUCACCAUCAAUGAUUGUCUAUUCACGGAUAUUACCACCACUGGAUUUGUUAUGGACAUCGUUCCCGAACAAGGCCUAUUGAACAUGUCCAUUGUGAACUCUGCCUUUACCAAUGUUGCCCAUGGUUUCGAUGUCAUUUUUGGAAGCUCAGCUUCGGACAUUAAGUUUAACACAGUGACAUUCACCAACAUGACCCACAUCCUCCCAGAAGACGAUGUGGACGGGUGCGCAAAUCUCACCGCAGCAACCUGCGCCUACUCCAGUUCCAUCAUCCAUUUGGCAUAUACAACUUACACAACCCCCACAGUGGAGGAAAGCUUCGUUGACGUAACUGUGAAAGACAGUACAUUUUACACGUCAAUCCUUCGAACCCUUGGAGAAUGGGGGUUUGGUACAAUCAUUGACACCUUUACCACUCUAAUCACCGUCACAAACACAACCAUUUACAACCAAGAGAACCGAACGGCCAAUGAUGAUUACUGCGAAGGUGGAUAUGCUGCUGCUUACAAUGCAACCACUGGAAUUGAUUGGAAAUGCAAACGUGUCAGCUACGCCUUGGACGUGGUUGAAAUCUUACGAUGUGGUAUCAAUUGCGAUGCCAAUGGAAACUUUUCCACACUUUUUACAGCUUUGGCAGCAACUGGACUGGAUGCCACCAUUGCGGGAAACACAAACAAUGUUGCAAUCUUUGCCCCAACGGAUGAGGCUUUUGAGCAACUUCCGCCGGGAUUGUUGGAUGAUCUUCUUAACGAUACGGCUACUCUCACACAACUCUUGUUAUACCACGUUACCGUGGAGGAUCCUGUCCUAACGGACGCAAUUGCAGCUGGUCUCCCAGCAGCCAAGACAGUUCAAGGCGAAUCAGUCUCCUUCACCCCUAUCACUGCAACUUACGAUUUUUACAAAGUUGACGAGGCUACAAUCAUUCAUGCGGACUGGGAAGAAUCCCCAGGUGCAGGAAAGGUCAUCCAGGUCAUUGACCGUGUGAUCCCACCAUCCACAAUCACCAUCUUGCCUUCCUUCAGCCAACUGGUGGAGAGUCUUAAUUUGACCGAGUUCAUUGCUGCUGGACAAGCUGUGGGAUUUGACGCCAACUUGGAUCCCGACAAGAUUUAUACUCUCUUUGCUCCAAGCAAUGGAGCCAUUCAAAACUCGAGUUCUACACAAGCAUUGCUCUCAGCUUCUGACAAAACACCGCUUACCGAACUACUGAACCAUCACUUUUUGGAAGGAAACUUUAGUAUUGCCGAUCUUCAAGCACAAGGCUGCUUGGACAAGACAUCUCUUGCGUCCAAGAACAUCAAGAUCACCUUUUCCAACAGCGAAAUCAGAUGGAACGAUGCCUUUACCAAUACAUCCACCGUAAACCAACUGGCCUACAACGGAAUCUUGCACGUAAUCGAUGGCGUGCUGGAUCCUUCCGACAUUAAGCGAUGCUCCAGUGCCGCAAGGGCUUCCAUGUCCAUUGCAUUCGGCUUGGCCGGAACAAUAUUGGCAAUCUUUGUGUUCUAA